AUGGAUGGCAAUUGGCAAUGGCUAUUAAUAGAAUUAGAAGUUGGUCAAUACAUGGCAUAUCUAGAUAUCCCGAAUUCCCGAUUCCGACACUCAACCCGAAGCGAAAACAGGGAAAUUCGGUUAUACAAGAAGGUGGGCUGCUGGAUUGUGCUUAAUUUGCAGCAGCAAAACAAAGUCAAAUUCUUCCAGUUUGACGAAUUUGUAACUAUUUCUUGA